AAUUAAUGGAACAUCAAUUUGCUUUACGUAUUGUGACGGUGCAUUUGUUUAAGCUAUUAAUUUUUCCAUAAACAAAUAUAUAGAUAUAGUUUACAGACCCUUAAUUGAAAAUAAAAGCACCCAUUUACGUGCAGUAAUGAGGCCAAGGAAGAGCAUAAAGCCGAAGUCAGAAACGGGAACGAAUGGCGAGCAGACAAGGCGGUUCAUUCAAUUCCAUCCUCCUCGGUAAGAGGAAAUUCGCUGUCCGGCAAACCACAAAGCCGAGGUGGGGUAUAAUAUGCAUUAGUCCAGAAUCAUGUCGUGUGAGAAGGGUGACGGAGACCCCAUGGAGGAUCCCCUCUUCAUCUUGGAGAGUGGCGAGGUGUACAGGAACCCCACAGAGGUCAAGAUGAGCCAGAUCGUGAUGCCCUGCCACGCCAACCACUGUGGAGAGCUCAGCGUAGGACAGCUGCUCAAGUGGAUGGACUCCACAGCCUGCCUGUCUGCUGAAAGACAUGCUGGGUCUCCCUGUAUUACUGCCUCUGUUGACGACAUCCACUUUGAGCACACUAUAGGAGUCGGACAGGUUGUUAACAUCAAGGCAAAGGUGAACAGAGCCUUCACAUCCAGCAUGGAGGUGGGCAUCACGGUAAGCUGUGAGGACCUGUUCAGUAGCUGCCAGUGGAACGUGUGCAAUGCCUUUGCCACCUUUGUGGCUCGACGUACCGAGGAGGGGAAGUGUUGGGGUGUGUGUGUGUGCACGUUGCAGGUGCAGCUGAAGCAGGUGAUUCCGCGGACGCAGACAGAGCAGAUGGAGUACAGCAUCGCGGCAGAGAGGAGGAGGAUGAGACUGACUCAUGCUGAGAUCAUCACAGACCUACUGAGCAGCAACACAGCUCAACUAGGAGAGUGUCAGGAAUACCAGGGUGCGGUGUCAGCAGAGCGAACCCGGGUGGAGAGCGUGGAGCUGGUGCUGCCUCCCCAUGCCAACCACCAGGUCAGCACCUUCGGGGGUCAGAUCAUGGCCUGGAUGGAGAACGUGGCCACCAUCGCAGCAUGUCGUCUGUGUAACGCUCACCCCACUCUGAGGACCAUAGACAUGUUCCACUUCCGGGGCCCGUCUCACAUCGGUGACCGGCUGGUGCUAAAGGCCAUUGUUAACAAUGCCUUCAAACACAGUAUGGAGGUGGGUGUAUGUGCAGAGGCCUACCAGGGUGCGGGUGCGUUGCGGCACAUCAACAGCGCCUUCAUGACCUUUGAGGUGCUGGACAAGGACAGGAAGCCACGUACAUUACCCCGGAUACGACCCGAACCUGUGGAUGGGAAGAGACGCUAUCAGGAGGCUAUUGCUAGGAAGAAGAUCCGUCUGGAUAGAAAGUACAUCAUCUCCUGCAAGCAAACGGAGGUUCCUCUCUCUGUCCCCUGGGACAUCAGCAACCAGAUGUAUCUCAGCUACAACAAUGUGUCUGCGCUGAAAAUUAUGGCUGCUCGAAGCAACUGGAUGUUAAGCUCUGAGAAAAAUAAGGUCAGUCUGUACACCCUUGAGGAGAACCAGAUACUGUGUUUUAAAGUGGAGACUCAUGUCACUGUCCCUGCUGAACAAGCGUUCCAUCUGCUCUCAGACCUGCGCAGGAGACAUGAGUGGGACAGGCAUUACCAAAAAUGUGAUGUGAUCAUCCAGGCAGAUGAGGAUGACACUAUCUACCGCGUGGCCACUCCGUGUGUCAGUAAGGGGGGGAAGGGCCAGGACUUCAUCCUUCUGGCCUCUAGGAGGAAGCCCUGUGACUCCAGGGACCCGUACCUGAUUGCCCUGCGCUCUGUCACCCUGCCGACCCACCCUGCCACUGAGGACUACACCCGGGGGGAGGUGCUCUGUGCCGGCUUCAGUAUCUGGGAGGAGUCCAAUGCUGUCACCAAGAUCUCCUACUACAACCAAGCCACACCAGGAGUCCUCCCUUACAUCUCCAACGACAUUGCAGGCCUUUCCUCCAGCUUCUACGGCACCUUCCACUCCUGCAACAAGUACCUGGAGGAGAACAGAGACAGCCUGGUCGUCCUGCCCCCCUCUGACCUGUGACUGAAUGGUUUCAUCAUGCUGGCCCAGCACCUCCUACCCUAUGGGGCGGCAGGGUAGCCUAGUGGUUAGACCAGCAACCGAAAGGUUGCAAGUUCAAACCCCCGAGCUGACAAGGUACAAAUCUGUCGUUGUGCUCCUGAACAGGCAGUUAACCCACUGUUCCUAGGCCGUCAUUGAAAAUAAGAAUUUGUUCUUAACUGACUUGCUUAGUUAAAUAAAGGUAAAAUAAAACAAAUCUGCCACUCUCCUCUUUAGGAGAUAAAGUUCUGGGAUACCCCCUCUCGACCUCAACUGCCAAGGAAAUCAGAAGUUAUGCAUUUCUCAAAUGUGGGAUUAGUCAAAGGACUUUUUGUUGUUACUGUCUUUGAUGUGAUAUUCCAGUGUACAUUUUCUACACUACAGGUUACUUACUUAUUGCAGUUGGGCUCUGUAUUAAAUGUUAGGUCUUAUCUGGGCAAUAAAACAGUUAGUAGCCCUAUGCACAUGAGAAGUAUGCAAGUUGGUUUGUUAUGCUGCAGUUAGGCUCCCGAGUGGCGCAGCAGUCUAAGGCACUGCAUCUCAGUGCAAGAGGCAUCAUUACAGUCCCUGGUUCGAAUCCAGGAUGUUUCACAUCCAGCCGUGAUUGGGAAUCCCAUAGGGCGGUGCAUGGCCCAGCAUCGUCCGGGUUUGGCUAGAGUAGGUCAACAUUGUAAAUACGAUUUUUUUUCCUAACUGACUUGCCUAGUUAAAUACUCUUAGACUACCAGAACUUUUAGACUGCCUGGUCCCAGUUUGGCAUGACAAUGAUCAUGGCAAUGACUUGGCUAUAAAGCACAAACAUAUCUGGGACCAGGCUAUUUAGAUCUAAUAUUUUUUAAAUGUGCAAUACCACGCUCUGUAAUAAAUGUUAGAUCUUAUCUGGGCAUUUAAACAGUUAGUAGUCCUAUGAACGGGAGACAUGCAAAUUGGUUUGUUAUGCUUCAGUUGAGUCUGACAUGCUUGUACAUGUUCUGCCUUGUCUCUAGCUACUGAACUGUGGGUAAAAAAGCAGACUAGUUCAUGCCUGAGCAUUUACAUGCAGCUUGUUUUAAAAUACUGGUAGGAUAUGUCCUACCUCAUUGAAUCAUGUUCGUAAUCAACCUUUCAAAUCUGUAGUCAAGAUGUACAUGAACUGUAAUUUUAAUUUGAGAGACUAAUCUCAAGAGACAAAUGGUUAGCUUUAAAAAAACAAAACAAAAAACAGAUGUGGACAAUGGCCAAGUAUUUCAACAUGAGUAGACAUCAUGAGGUGAAUGAAUUUCUGUGAUUUCACUCAAACAAUAAACACUAUAGACCUUG